AAAAUUUAAAUUUUAUUAUCUUGCAAUGAUAUAAACCUUUUGAUGAAACUCAUUUUCAUAUAAAAGCAUUGCAACAUGAACUUGUAUAGAGGGCUGCUUUAUUUAAAGGGACCAAGACCAACACUGAAGUUGUAGUGGUAUGUUUCUAACAUACAAUUCUGAGCUUCAUUUAGUUUUGUACCUUAGAAAAUGUUACAUGUUAGGAAAAGGUGGAACCGUCCCCAGAAGCUAGCUAUCACAAACAGAGGAACAUGAAUAAUAGAAGAAGAUCCAUUAGGCGUAGAUCUACUCCUUCCCAAAGAAUUCACCAAAAACUAGACAAAAGGACAAAGGGGAGCCUCUAGAAGAAUUGUUUGAGAUAGAGGAUGGUAAUUUUGUGGUGAAUGUCUUUCAUGAAAUCAAGGCUUGUGGUAUGGGGAGACCGAAGGAAGAUUUUUCUUCCUGAUUUAGGGUUAGAAAUAGGUGGUGAUAUGAACCUAGCCGCUGGCAUUCAGGUGGCACAAUUGGCUCUUAAGCAUCGGCAAAAUAAGAAGCAGCAGCAAAGGAUUAUUGUCUUUGCUGGAAGUCCUCUCAAGCAUGAGAAGAAAGUAUUGGAGAUGAUUGGAAGAAAGUUAAAAAAGAAUAAUGUUGCACUUGACAUUGUCAAUUUCAGCGAGGAAGAUGAGGGGAAGACAGAGAAGCUGGAAGCACUCCUUGCAGCUGUGAACAAUAAUGAUACCAACCGCAUUGUUCAUGUUCCAGCUGGUACAAAUGCUCUUUCUGAUGUGCUUAUAAGCACACCUAUUUUUACUAGCAAUGGUGAAGGUGGAAGUGGAUUUGCAGCUGCAGCUGGUGGUGUAUCUGGAUUUGAGUUCGGUGUGGAUCCAAACUUGGACCCCGAGCUGGCUCUUGCUUUAAGAGUUUCAAUGGAAGAAGAGAGAGUCAGGCAGGAAGCAGCUGCAGAAGAAGCUUCUAAACAAGAGAAGGGUGGUGAGUAGCAAGCUAGCUCAUAAGAUGCAACAAUGACUGAGCGUACUAGUGCAUCAGCUUCAGAAGCUGAGACAAAGACAAAUGAUAUGAUGGUUGGUGCUAUUUGUUCUUUUAGGCAGAUUUACUUUUCUGUUUCUUCCCCCAGAAGAAUUCAUGCACAUAUGGCUAAUGGAUGCUGAUUCAUGUCUAUUUUUUUAAAAAGAAUUCAGUUAAUCUUUCUGUAAUAUAUGUAAAAUUGUGUAAAAUUUAGUAUGGUUGAACAAUAUAUUGAGGAUUAUAGUUGAUAAUA